AUGCCAACGAUGACGUCGAUUCUUCGAACUCUACAGGUACAUAUGCAUUUUCCUCAUCCCCAGAAGCAAUGCAGUUGUCAUGUAAAUGACCCGCCACCUUGGACCGGUGAGAUACAUGGACUCAGUCAGGCUUUGUUAAGUGACACUCCUGUAAUGAAAGCAUUUUGGUGGCUGAUCAUGAUAAUAUGCAUCGUUUGUGGUAUUGUUACUACGGCACUGGUUAUCAAAGAAUAUGUGGAAGGACCUACAGCCACUUCCACAACGAUUCGACUGGUGAGCAAUUUUUUCUGUACCUUUUUAGAUAACUUCACCAUUUAUCAUCUUUUGGAGCGUAUUUUCUUUGGGUGA